CGGGUCUAGAGAUCAUCCUGCUUUGAAAGCUAGCCUCUCUUGGAAGGUGUUCUCAACUUUGAUAUUCUUCUUCAUAUCUUUCAUCCUUCCUAUCCCUUGGCAUGGGUCUGGGUGAGGAAACGCUUACCCUCUUCUUCCUUUCCUGGCCACAGGGGCUCCCUUGGCCCUGCACUGUGGUCCCUGGAGUUCCUGGAGGCUUGGGCCCUAGUGGGAAUGAACACAAUAUGGGCAGAGAUCAACUGAAUAGGAGGCAGAGGCAGUCGGGACUCUUGGGGCGACCUGGAGAAGAAGGACUAGACAAGAUAAGAGAUAAAAUAGAUAAAAUAAUGGUGGAGUAAGGAUGUACCUUCCAGGAGUUAAGUCUGAAGAGUUCAGGAUGUGGAGUUGUUGCUAGUGGCUGCUUCCGGGAAGCCUAGCGACUGCUGGAGGAGGAGGGAGGUGAGCCAGGGAGGAGAAUAGAGGAAGAGGGGAAGAGAAAGGAGGAAGACUAUGGCUAUGAAGACUCCAACAAUGAUGAUGAGAAAGGGAGGGAGGGGGUGCAGGGUCGUGAGGCUCUGCCAGUGCCUGGGAUGCUGGUACCUGGAGAGCCGCUAACGCCCCAUUUUAAUCCGUAACAUGUAAGUUUUCAAAAGCAAGGGUUCUAAAUCGCACCUUAGAAUGCCAAAUAAUCCUUCAUUUGUUGCAGAUGUGUAGGGGAAAUGCAAAUCAAGAAAACAUGAAGUAAGGAGGAUCAGAGGGUGGAGACAGAAGGAUGCAUGGAUGCAUUUUCACUUCAUUUGAACGGGGUCUACUGGUUUCCUCUCAAAAGUUUUCAUUUGAUGAUGAACCAUCUCUGAAAUCAUGAAGUCACCCUCAUGUCCUAGUUAGCUUUCUGUCAACUUGACACAAACCUAGAUGUCCCUGGGAAGAGGGAAUCUCAGCUAAAGAACUUCCUCUGUCAGACUGGUCUGUGGGGGGCACUUAGCACUUCCUGGAUAGCUGAUUGAUGUGGGAGGGUCCAGACCACUGUGGAUGGUGUGUUCCCUAGGUAGGUGGGCCUAGGCAGUGUGAGAAAGGAAGCUGAGCAAGCUGGAGGAAGCAAUCCAGUGGGCAGUAUCCCACUGUGGUCUCUGACUCAGUUCUUGCCUUGGCUUCUCUCGAUGAUGAGCUAUAACCCAUAAGACAAAUAAAUCUUGUCUGUCCCAUGUUCCUUUAGCCAGUGUUUUUAAUCAUAGCAGCAGAGGCAAGCUAAGACACUGCAACUGGCAGAUUAUAGAGGUUGGCAGAGUCCAGUUAAAAGAUAAGGAGAGUUGAUCAACUGAGGGAUAAAGAGAUGCAGAUCAUGUUUAGAGAAAAAAAAAUAUAUAUAUACACACACAUAUAUGUAUAUAUAUAUAUGUAUAUAUACAUAUAGUGUGGCAACUAUGUCUUCGCCAUCCUUAUGUUGCCCCCUGCUUUCAACCAAAUAUUUGCAAAGAUUGCUUUCCUGCUGGUACAAGUCUGAAAUGACGUGAACACUCAUCCAACCUCUAUUGACCUUUAGACAGUGGGUUUGCUUCCCGGCAGGGCCUUGCGCAUGCCUACUCAGCACCUUUACCAUUGGCUCAGAGAUGCCACCCGUGUCAAGAGUUGCGCUCUUGCUCACUUGUACAAACUAGCACGUGCACAUUGUGUUUAGACGUGUUGCUUGGCAACCGUGCUUCUGCCAACUGUACAGGGCCCUGGAUGGCAGACGUUUAAGCCCCGCGUUCCUCUGUGCAAAUGUCGCUGGAGAGUCUUGGAUUUUACUAAGACCUAAUAUUGGGCUGGGGGACAGAAAAGAUGAGAAGUUGGGAAGGAACCUGACGCCAAUGGCUUCUGCCGUGAGGAAGAUCUUUGGGGUUAAGGAAAAGACACCCUUCGGUUUCUGUGAUGGCCCACAAAUGACUGUCUCUGAGUUUUUCUUUGGUGAAUAUCCCAACUAUCCAAAAUACCAUACGACAUACCAACCGGUGGGGCAGAUCCACCGGGUUGCAGCUGAGGGCGAUGCAGGCCAGUUGGAAGUUCUCAUCACGCUUGGAAAGUGCAGCGUGUACGACAGAGACUACAAGAACAGGACAGCUUUGCAUUUUGCCUGUGUCUAUGGCCGGCUACCAGUGGUGAAUGUUCUGGUGAAUAAUAAUUGUGAGAUUGAUGCCUUCGACAAGAACCACAUCACACCUCUGAUGAAGUCUGUCCAAUGCUGGAAACAGAAAUGUGCGGCUAUCCUGCUGGAGCAUGGUGCUGAUCCGAACAUCAGGGACAACAGUGGUAACAGCGCCUUGCACUAUGCUGUGUACAACGGGCACGAAGAGAUGGCAGCACUCCUGCUCGACUACCAUGCUGAUAUCGAGCAAAAAACCAAAGAUGGCUUCACACCACUUUUGCUGGCACUCAGGGAAAAGAGGGUAGAGGUGGCAGAAUUUUUAGUAAAAAAAGGAGCAGAUAUACAUGUUGUAGAUGCCAUGCAAAGAAAUACCUUGAUAUAUGCUAUACGAUGUGGAUCAAAAGAUAUAGCUACAUUACUCCUUCAGAAAGGCAUUGAUUUCUUCUGCAAGGAUGUCUUUGGAUGGACGGCAUUACGCUACGCUAUUGAAGGCCACUGUACUUUUAGACAGGUGCUCAUGGAUUUUGAAGAAAACAUGCAUAAUAACAAAAAAGAUAAUGAACCAGAACAAAUGGAUUCUGGAAAUGACUCAUUAGCCGGAAUUUCCAGCUGUCCUAGUCCUGGAAGCCCCUUGCCUGCCAUGAAGGACGAUGAAUGCAACUGUGAUACCAAGAGUACCUCUGAGAGUCCUCCUCUGAACUGUGCUGACAAUUCAUCUGUGGCUACAGCCAAAAUAUUUGAACAUAUGGCCAAAAGAAAAGUGGAAGCAUGGGUUGAGAAAGAUUUGUCCUUAAAGUCUGCCGCUGAAGUGAGAGAAACUGUUCCAAAUGAAGUGGUAGAAAUAACAGAGCUGCUACCAUCCACAUCAGAACCAGAGUUGGAAUUGAUGUCAGUGGAAGAAGAUAUGUCCAACGAAAGUGAAAAUAAUCAGCCACGGAGUAUCUUGGAGGAUCUUCCACAGAUGAAUGCUGGCCAUUUAUCUGGUGCAGGAUAUCAAAUGGGAAAAAUUAAUAUGAAUGGACAAAUGAAAGAGUCUGACGAGGAACAUGCUCAACUGAUGACUCCUGUUGAAAUGAAUGACACUGUUUUCAGAGAAGCAUGGACAGCGAAGAAUGCAUCAGCCUUCAAACCAGGUGAAGUAUGCAAUAACAUUACCCUAGAAGGAAACAUUUUUAAGAUUUUCCAAGUGCUUACAGAGCCUGACUUAGAAGCGACACCAGGGGAAGAUCACAAUAGAUUUGAUGACAGGAGAAAAAUCCAGUCAUUGAGAAUCUCCGGAGAUCUUCCAAACGUAUCUGGCAAUAUAUCCGUGGCAGCAGUUUCAAGAAGAGAAAAGACAAACAGACAAGCAACAGAAUCUGCGAAGGAGUAUCCACCCUUGAUGGCUCUCAAUGAAAUGAGUGAUUCUGUUCUCAAUGAGGCAGUAGAGAUGAAGGAAACACAGAUAACGCACGUGGGAUCAGCUGUAAAAUUGACAUCAGAGGAAGAACCAAAUAGUCAUGAUGGCUUUGAAAAGAAUCUGCCACUGAAUAUCUUCAAGCAAAUUCAAACACAGGAUAUUGGUUAUUUAUCAAUGGCUGAAAAUCAAAGAGGAGAAAAAAUGGUGAUGUGUCAGGAAAAAGAAUUUUCUAAGAAAUGCCCUCAAUCAAAGCCUACCAUCGUAAAGGAACAAUCUCUUCCAAAGGAGGCCUGGGAUUUGACUCCAGUGAAAUCAUUUUUAGCAGACACCCUAAAAGAAUAUCCUCUAUCAAAGCCUACUCUUGAGGAAAAUGAUUCUGUUCUAGACAAAGUCCCUGAUAUAAAGCGUGGGAAAUGGUUCCAAGAAAAAUCAGCUGUAAAAGUGACAUCAGAGGAAGAGCAGAAAUGUCACAAUGGUCCUGAAAAGAAACAUGGAGUGAAUAUGUUCAAGCGACCUCAGCCAACGGACAUUGCAUAUUUAUCCAAGGCUAAUGACGAAAGUACAGAAAAUACCGCCGAAGGCCAAGAGGAAGAUUCCCCAGAACAACAUCUUCAAUGGAAGUCCAUGAAGCCUACAACUGAAAGAAGAGAUCCUGUUUCCAGUGAAGGAUCAGUAGUGAAGUAUGUGAAAUCUUUCCUCACAGCAGAGCCAACUAUAAAAGCAUCAGAAGGAGAAUGGCGUAGUGGCAGAAACAUCCAAAGACAGGGCAUUGGCAAUUUGUCUUUGGCUGAAGAUCAAAGAUACAGGAGCACAAGACAUGAGGAGGAGAGAGACUCUCCUGAAGACUAUGCUCAAUUGAAGAAGAAAACUCCUCUUCUGUGUGAAGCACCAGCAAUGGAAGAAGUCAAAGCAUUUGACCCAGGUACAUUCUGCAGUUCUGGGAAGAUGCUUCAGAACAGAAAGUGCGCAUGGUCUUGUGAUUUCCAUCCUCUGCCCUUCAACUUUUAUGUGAAAAUUUGUUUUGCUCUUAUUGAAUCAGAUGCACGCUUGUCCUCAGAGGAAGAGGAAGAAUGGCCUGAUGACAGUGAAGGGGAACACCUAAAGUUUAAGCAACCUCAAGAUGCACAUUUACCCACGCAAGAUGAAAAAGGAGUAAAUGUCAUGAGUGGCCAGAAGAAAGGUUUUCCUGCUGAAUAUUCUGAAAUAAAGGAUGCCAUUGAAAAACAAGAUUUUGUGCUAACUGAAGAUUCAACAGUGAAGCAGGAAAAAUCAUUCAUGGCAGGAGCCAAGACUGUGCAACUGAGGUCGGAGGGAAAACAGAUAGGAUGGUGUGGUGGUGGCAAGAAGCAGUGGAAGCCUAUUUUUGAGCGACUUCAACUGAGACGGAAUGCUCGAGUAUCUGUGAAUCCUGAAAAACACGUGAAAAAUACAGGAGCUGAAGAGAGAGGAGCCACAACUGCACAACUGAGGCCAAAGAAAGAACAAACAGGGAGGUUUGGCGGUGACAAGAAGACGUGGAAGCCCAUCUUUGAGCGAUUUCAACCCAAGUGGAGUGCUCAAGUGUGUAUGGAUCCUGAAGAAAGUGGAGAAAACACAGGUGUUGCUGAAGAGAAAGGAGCCACAACUGCACAACUGAGGCCAAAGAAAGAACUAACAGGGAGGUUUGGCAGUGACAAGAAGACGUGGAAGGUACUCAGGAAUUUACAUUUUCCUCUAAGAUUCUCCUCAUUGGUGAAUCCCAUCUUUGAGCUAUUUCAACCAAAGUGGAGUGCUCGAGUGUCUGUGGAUCCUGAAGAAAGUGGAGAAAACACAGGAGCUGCUGAAGAGAAGGAAUCCACUAUACUCUUUACACCAGAAGAACAAACAGAAUGCCAUGGCAGCGAAAAGAAGCCGCAGUUGCAUAUCCUGGAGCGAUUUCAGCCAAAGCGGAGUGUUCGGGUAUGUAUGGAGACAGAACAAGGAGGAGCCAACCCAGACGCUGCUGCUCAGAUGAUAUACUCUUCUGAUGAAUAUAUUGAAUUGAAGACUACCGUUGAAAAGCAAGAUUCUGUACCAGCUGAAGAGCCAACAACAAAGCAAGAAAUAUCAUUCAUGGCGGAGGCAGACUUACAAGUGAAACCAAAGGAAAAGCAAAGAAGUCAUGACUAUGAAAAUAUUCAGUCAGUUAAUAUGUUUAAACAUCUUCAACUAAAGGGUAUUGACCAUUUAUCCGUGACUUCAGAUCAAAGAAACAAAACUAUUGUAAGUGGAGAAGAGGAAGAGCCAGACUUAAAAGUGUCAUCAGGGGAUGACCAAAACAGAUGUUAUGACAGUGAGAGCAAUCAGUCAUUGGUUGAAAAAACAAAGACACAUGCAAGGAAUGGAAGAGACGAAGCAAAACACCCCUAUGAAGCUGUUGUUUUUACUGCUACUGCUGCAUCUACUGCUGCUGCUGCUGCUGCUGCUACUGCUGCUGCAGCUGCUGCAUCUACUGCUGCUUCUGCAGCAUCUACUGCUGCUGGCGCUGCUGUUGUUGCUGCUUCUGUUGUGGAUGAACUGGUUCGACAGAGAAAAUCUGGAGAAAUCAAUAACCAGAGAUUUCUUAUUAUGGAGAAUACAGAGCAUGAUGGGCCCCGAAAGAAAACAUCUAAGAAAAAACAUAAGGUAACAAAAGAAGUAAGAGCUAUGGUUGAUGUAACUCAGUCAUCUGAACCAGUCCCAGAGGAUGAUUCUGGAAGUUCAUUAAAAAUACAGGAACCACUUAAUUCAUACAAUGCAUUAGUAGAUCUUCAAAAAAUCAAUGAACUACUUAGGAAAAAAAAUGAAACAAUGGAAAAUGAGAAUAAUGCUCUACAGAAGGAGAUAUCAGAAACAAGAGAAGAGAAAUCAAAGUUAGAGGAUAAAAUAGUGGAACGGGAUGAAGAAUUAUGGAACCUGAGGUAUGAUACCCUGAAAGAACUGGAGGAGACAAGAAAUAUUCAUUGCUUUUAUAAGAAUAUUAAGAAACAUUUACGUGAAAAAGAAAAACGACUCAAUGAAAGAGCUGCAGUAACACAGCUUGAGUCACAGCUGAGAACACGAGAUUUGGAACUGAAGAAUGCAAGGGACACCGUGAAGGAGUUGCAAGAAGCACAGGAUCAAUACAUAAAAGCUCUAAAAACUGCCCAGGAGAUGAAAGGUCACUUACAAAGGAUUGAACAGGAACAUUCUGAGUUAAAAGUUAAAGUAAAAGAGCAAGCUAGGCAAAUCAAAGAGCAUCAUGGACGCCUGCAAAACUCAUGUCUAAAACUGGAGCAAAAUAAAAUAUCGGUAGGUGCUCAAGAAACUUUGGGGGAAUUAUGUGAAAACAGCAUUUCCCCAAUGAAUCAAACAGGAACCCGAAUCCAAAGUGUGCAGUCUGAACGCUCCCAAAUGAAAACUAUACAAGACUCAAAUAUGAGAGCCCUGAAAAGUUAUGAGCAACAGUGCAUAGAAGAAUUAAGGAUUAGCAAUGCAUUGUUAUAUGAACAAUACAAUCUUUACAGGAAUAAGAGUCUAGAUGAAUCCUGCACACAAGUUCGCAUCACGGUAGAGCAGGACACAUCUCCUCUGAACACAUCACAAGCCAGGUUUCCUCUUGAGAGCCCUUGUGUGGCAAGCACCUGCCCUUGCAGAAACGUCUUCCUGUGUGAAAACAUUGUUCUCCCACAAAACUCAAGGUCUUCUAACGGCUGCCUGCGAAGCUACCCAAUGAUGAUGAAAGAUGGGGAAAAAUCAAUCGAAGAACUUACUGAAUUAAAGCAAUCUUUAAAAUAUAAUUUGUAUCAGCAGAAGAAGAAAAAUGAUGAAAUAGAAAAGGAAAUUGUUAGAAUGAAGAAAUUCUUGAAAAUGGCAAAAAUUGGGCAUGAAAUUGGAGAAUGUAGUUCUCAUGGAAACUCAAGAACUGGUCAUUUUUGAGACAUGAGGAAUGUGUUUGUCACACGACUGGGUAGACAGAUACUCCAUUCCUUCACCAUGGAUACAGGACUCAAUGUGGCAGUCUUGAUGUGUUCUAGAGACAUCUCCUGGGACCACACCAUCUGCACUGAACAUCUAGUUAACUUCUCUAACCACAGCCUUGGAAACUCGGCCCCUUAUCCAGACACCAUCUACCAGCAAAGAUGACAAAGCACUGCCCUUAAUUAGAUUUUUAAUUAAACAGUAAAUUCUUACUUCAAAAAACACCAUCUUGCUACUUGAUUAUUUGUUUUUUUCCUUUUUUGUUUUCUAUUUGAGAUCAAGUUUUUUUUUAUCGUUUUGUUUGCUUUUUCUUUUAUUUUCAUGCUUUCUCUUUAUUCUUUUUAAGUCACAUAAGUGGUUAUAAUGCAAUUUUUUCAGUUAAUAAAGUUGCUAUGAGUUGGUAUUUUCACUGUUUUCUACCAUGUCCUCAAGAAGAAAAGCAGCCAUUGAAUUAUGUUCCCCCCACUACACCCCCUCCCCCACAGCACAUGACUUUUUAUAAUGCUCAAGUGUGUUUCCCCUCCUAUCCUCUUGUGACUGCCGAAAAGUCCUGAGCCAUCAACCUUAUCCCUCGUCCAGGACCACUUGCUAAUUGCCCAGUGCCUUGAGGGAA